AAAAAAAAUCACAUUCUGCAUCCACGACCUUCACACCUCCGUCUCGUCGUCAGUCAAAGCCUCCCGGAUUCCUCGUUCCGUUGUCGUCCCUUGCGUGCUGAAGCUUCUUCCGUCAUUCUUAGAUCGAGCGCGUUGCAGUUUAUUCAACGGUACGCGAUGGCGGGACAGCCCGAGCCGAAGCCGACGGCGGAGGACGUGAAGAUGGACGUGUUUGAGGACGAUGACGAGUUCGAGGAAUUCGAGAACCAAGAUUGGGAGGAGAGCGCGCAGGACGUGGAGGUGGUGCACCAAUGGGAGGACGACUGGGAUGAUGAUGACGUCAAUGAUGACUUUUCGCAGCAACUCAGAGCAGAGAUAGAAAAGUCAACGUAGUUGCAAUGACGUGGACAGGUCAACAUGCUGUUAUAUAUGCGUUCGCACUGCAUGGGUUGUGUGCUCUUGUGCAGUAUCCCUUAUUCUCCUCUCUGGCCCGUUUGGGUACUACUGGAGUCUGGAAGGAUUCUCAAAACUAUAAGUGACGGGACUAACACCUGAUUGUAUGGCCUGAUAAAGCAACAUCUAGCAGCUGUUCCCUCAAUGGUUU